GCUUCCUGUGACGUAGCGCUAGCUCCUGAUGCUACACGCGGGAAACAGAAGCUCGUCUAAGUGAUUAGCAUCAGUUAUCAGCCAACAUGGGGGACAUGCUGGAGUUUAACGACAUCUACCAGGAGGUCAAAGGCUCUUGGAAUGAUGGACGCCUGCGCUUCAGCAAACAGAAUGUAGUGUAUAAGAGCAACAAGACUGGGAAGGUUGACAGCAUCCCAGCAGGAGAGCUCAACCUCGCUCAGUGGAGGCGAGUGUGCUUGGGCCAUGGCAUCAAACUUGGCACCAGCACGGGCCACAUUUACAAAUAUGACGGUUUCAGGGACACGGAUUUUGAGAAGAUAUCAGAGUUUUUUAAGGUAAACUACAAGGUGGAGCUGUCAGAGAAAGACCUGUCUGUGAAGGGCUGGAACUGGGGGACAGCCAAGUUCUCAGGACCCCUGCUGUCGUUUGACGUCAAUGACAACACAGCCUUUGAGAUCCCCCUGUCCAACGUCUCCCAAUGCGCCACAGGGAAGAACGAAGUAACGCUGGAGUUUCACCAGAACGACGACACGGAGGUCUCUCUCAUGGAGGUCCGAUUCUACGUCCCGCCCAGCCAGACCGAUGAACGACAAGACCCUGUGGAGGCGUUUGCCCAGAAUGUUCUGUCUAAGGCUGAUGUGAUUCAGGCCACAGGAGACGCAGUUUGUAUCUUUAAGGAGCUUCAGUGUCUCACGCCCAGGGGAAGAUACGACAUUCGGAUCUAUCCCACUUUCCUCCACUUGCACGGUAAGACUUUUGACUACAAGAUUCCAUACACCACCGUUCUCCGUCUCUUCCUGCUGCCACACAAGGACCAGAGGCAGAUGUUCUUCGUGAUCAGUCUGGAUCCUCCCAUCAAGCAAGGGCAGACUCGAUAUCAUUUCCUCAUCCUGCUUUUUUCAAAGGAAGAGGAUAUUAGCCUCACCCUCAACAUGAGCGAGGAGGAUGUGGAAAAGCGUUUUGAAGGCAAACUCAGUAAAAACAUGUCGGGCUCUCUCUACGAGAUGGUCAGCAGGGUGAUGAAGGCCCUGGUCAACCGCAAAAUCACUGUACCCGGAAACUUCCAAGGCCACUCUGGUGCUCAGUGCAUCACCUGCUCCUACAAGGCAUCAUCAGGCCUCCUUUAUCCUCUGGAGAGGGGCUUCAUCUACGUCCACAAGCCCCCAGUUCACCUGCGCUUUGAGGAAAUCUCCUGCGUCAACUUCGCCAGAGGAACCACUACAACCAGGUCCUUUGACUUUGAGAUUGAGACGAAGCAAGGAAACCAGUACACCUUCAGCAGCAUUGAGAGGGAGGAGUAUGGCAAACUGUUUGACUUUGUUAACGCCAAGAAGCUCAACAUCAAGAACAGAGGGUUCAAAGAGAAGAAGGGCAUGAAGGGCAAGAUAGACGAGUACAGUGACUCCGAUGAAGACCAGCAUGACGCCUACCUGGAGAGAAUGAAGGCUGAGGGAAAGAUCAGGGAGGAAGGCAACGACAGCGAUGAUUCAGAUGGAAGUGGAAGUGACGAGUCUUUCAACCCUGGGGAGGAAGAUGAAGAAAUUGCAGAAGAGUAUGACAGCAAUGCUUCAGCAAGUGACAGCAGUGAAGAAGGCGAAGAUAGCGAAGACGAAAGCGCAAAGAAGAAAAAAGCCAAGAAACCUAAAGUCGUGAAAGAGAAAAAAGAAAGGAAACCACGCAAAGAGAAGAAGCAGAAGGACACAGGAGGUCCCAAAAGGCCGAUGAGCGCCUACAUGCUUUGGCUGAACUCCAGCCGGGAACGCAUCAAAGCAGAGAACCCUGGCAUCUCCAUCACAGAGAUAUCUAAGAAGGCCGGAGAGAUGUGGAGACAGCUUGGCAAAGAUGAGAAGGAGGAAUGGGAAACAAAGGCAGGGGAGGCAAAGAGGCAAUAUGACAAACUGAAGAAGGAGUACAAAGAAAGUGGAGGAGCUGUCUCUAGUCCCAGGAAAGAGAAGAGAAAAUCGGGUGGAAAAAAGGACGAAGACAAGAAGAGAAAGUCCAGUGGUGGCGACAAGGAGAAGGAACGGGGGGGCAACGAAAGCUUCAAGAGCCGAGAGUUCAUCGAAACCAGCGAGGAUAGCUCCUCAGACUCCGACCACAAGAGCAAGUCCAAGAAGAAGAAGAAGAAGGAAUCAGAGGAAGAGGAGGAGGAAGCUGCUUCCACUCCUGCCAGCUCAGACGAGGAGUCUGACUGAAGAGACACGGAUCAGAAACAAACCAAGGACCAACUGUUUUCACUCUGUUGAUUUCAGACCAAUCGACAAACUUUUUUUUUUUUUUCCUUCACCGCAUUUAAACAAUGGCGUCUCUCGUGACGACGUGUGGAAACUCAUCCAAGGUGAUAUUUGGGCAAGUGUCCCGAUGGCUCAAUGAAAUGAUGGGAUACUUGGAGGGUUUCCCAUCCAUCCCAUGAGAAUGGCUGUUUUUACGUAGCACUGGGGAUCGUAGGAGAUAUUAGCUGCUCAAUGCUAAAGAGGAUCGAUUCUUUCCUCUGGUUUAGUGCUCUUUGCAGUUUUUUUUGUUUGUUUUUUUGUUUUCCUAUGUCAUGUUUUCAGGCCAAAAUAAAUACAGAUUUUUAGAAAAAAAA